CAGCUGUCAAAGUCGGGUGCCAACAGUCGCUCCCCCUCCCUCCCUAAAGGUCCGCAGUGUCUGGUCAUGCCCUGUACUGUGUCUGCAGUCUCUGGUCAUCUCCUGUACUGUCCGCAGUCUCUGGUCAUCUCCUGUAUUGUGUCCGCAGUCUCUGGUCAUCUCCUGUAUUGUGUCCGCAGUCUCUGGUCAUCUCCUGUACUGUGUCCGCAGUCUCUGGUCAUCUCCUGUACUGUCCGCAGUCUCUGGUCAUCUCCUGUACUGUCCGCAGUCUCUGGUCAUCUCCUGUACUGUCCGCAGUCUCUGGUCAUCUCCUGUACUGUGUCCGCAGUCUCUGGUCAUCCCCUGUACUGUGUCCGCAGUCUCUGGUCAUCCCCUGUACUGUGUCCGCAGUCUCUGGUCAUCCCCUGUACUGUGUCCGCAGUCUCUGGUCAUCCCCUGUACUGUGUCCGCAGUCUCUGGUCAUCCCCUGUACUGUGUCCACAG